AUGGCGACAAUAACGACUGCCGGGACUACCGAAGAAAAAAUCGCGGAUUUAUCCUCUGUCCUCGAGACGUUGACGACAUGCCUCACCAGCGCAUCAACGUCACUUCCUUCUUCCGAAGAGAGUGAUGGGGCCUCGAUUCUCCCACCUACAGAUGGCAUCUCUUUACUCGACGUAAAGAGCGAAAUACUGCUUUCAUACAUGCAAAAUCUAGUCUUCCUCAUACUAGAUCAGUUGCACCGAGUGCGCAAUCGCGACCAGGGAAAAGUCUCAAAUGAGGACAUUGUCAAAAAAUUGAUUGAGCUACGCGUAUACUUGGAUAGAGGCGUGAGGCCAUUGGAAGGGAGAUUGAAAUACCAGAUUGACAAGGUGGUCAAGGCUGCGGAUGAUGCCGAGAGAACAUCACGACCCCAAUCGAAAUCUGCAGUGAAGAAACAGCGGAAAGCCGCAGCUGCAGAUGUCUCUGAUGAAGAGGAAGACUCUGAGGGCUCCGAAUCCGAUGGUAGUGAAGAGAUUGACGAGAUGGCAUAUCGACCCAACAUUUCAGCAUUUUCCAAAAAUAUGCAGAAGCCCGAGAGAGAGUCCAAAGCACAAGCCAAAGACAAAAAGCAACAACCAUCAGACGGCAUUUACCGACCCCCCAAAAUCAAACCCACCGCCCUACCAACAACAGAAAGCCGUGAACGCAAUCGCGAUCGUGAUAGGCGAUCUAAAAAGUCUAGCGUCAUCGACGAAUUCGUCUCCACGGAGAUGUCAUCUGCGCCUAUGGCCGAGCCCAGCAUUGGAAGUACGAUCCAGCGCGGUGGACGAAAAACCAUUUCUAAACAAGACCGAGAGCGCGACACCGAGCGACGCACUUAUGAAGAAACCAACUUUGUGCGGUUACCCAAGGAGAGCAAGAAAGAACGUUCCAAGCGACAGGCAGGCGAGGGACCGCGCGCCGGUGGAUUCGGAGGCGAGGAGUUCCGAUUACUCGGUGAGGGAGCAGACCGAAUUGGACGACUUACCAAGAGGGCGACAGGUAGCUCUAGAGAUGGGGCGUUGGAGAAGAGUAGGAAGCGACACUUCACUGAAGAUGGACCAAGAGGCGACGGUGCUUCGAUGGGACAGUCGUUUGACAAGAGGAGGAGGAAAGUGGAAGGAUGGAAGAAGUGA